UAUUCUCUCUAUUCUUCUCGGACUGUAACAAUGGUAGCAAAAAACUCAAAAUCCGAUGAUGUGCCUGCUCUUCCCAAGUACCUCAUGGAAGACGAACAACUUUCCCAGGAACAAAAAGAUCUCAUUGCUACCUUGCCCACAGAACUGGGUUGGAUCAACAACCAUCUUUAUCAAUACAAUGGUUUUUGGUUCACCACAACGCAAUUGCAAGGAACUCUUAAUUGUCAAAACCACUUUCAAUGUCAGGACUCUUGACAUCCUCCUUGUAACCUCUCCAAAAGCUGGUACCACCUGGCUCAAAGCCCUUAUUUUCACCAUUCUCAAUCGCACGACCCAUUAUCCAAACCCACAACCAGACCCGACCCAAACCCAACACUUUCAUCCUCUUCUCACUACAAAUCCUCAUGAUCUCGUCCCUCCUUAGAAACCGUCUUGUACUUCCAGACCGCCAUGCCUGACUUGAGAUCUUUCCCAUCACCGAGGCUUUUUGCAACCCAUCUCCCAUACAUUUUAUUGCCAGAGUCCGUGGAGCAGUCAAGGUGUAAGAUUGUCUACUUGUGUAGAAAUCCUAAGGACCAGUUUGUCUCCAUGUGGCAAUUUGCAAACAAGUUAAGACCAGAAAGUCAAGGGUUGAUUAGCAUCGAGCAUUCAUUUGAAAAGUUUUGUCAGGGAAAGACAGUUUGUGGGCCAUUUUGGGAACAAAUUUUGGGAUACUACAAGGAGAGCUUAGAGAGGCCAGAGAAGAGAAUGAUUUUGAGGUUCGAGGAUUUGAAGGGUGACCCGGUCAAUGUUUUGAAGGACCUUGCAGAGUUUACAGGCUAUGGUUUUUCUAAGGAGGAAGAGAAUGACAAUAUUAUAGAAAAUAUAUUGAACCUUUGUGGUUUUGAGAAUUUGAGCAAUUUGGAGGUUAACAAGAGUGGAAAAGUGUGGCUUGGAAUAGAGACUAAGGCUUACUUCAGACGUGGACAAGUUGGAGAUUGGGAGAAUUUCCUCACAUCUAACAUGAUCAAGCGUCUUGAUCUUAUUACUCAAGAGAAGCUGGGAAAACAUGGCUUCAAUUUUUAGAUCCAUGUAUGUUACUUGGACAAUCUAUCAAUCUUGUCUACCAUAAGCGAGCAACCAAACGGGAUUUUAAUUUCAUCACCAUGGCUGCAUGGAUCAGCCACCAUGGAUGCAUGAAUAGUCAUCGGAAGGGCUGGAUUGGUUGAGGCAGUCGAAGUGGAUGCAUGCCUUAAUUUCUUGCAGGAAAUAGGAUGUGAGCUGAGAAGAGAGGGAUCAACACUACUUACGCGAAGAUGAAUCACAAAGGUGGUGGUUAAAAGGGAUUGAGAGGCGACAUGAACAGUAGGAAGAGC